AUGGCGUCGCCUACGCCGCGCCCUCCAAGACCGGUCCCGGCACCAUCAAAUCCAGUUCUUCUCGCCUCCCAGGCUCAGUGGUUGUUCAGUGAUGAGGAGCUCACGCGUGCGCCAUCGCAGCUUGACGGCAUGACUUUGGAGGCGGAACACACGAGUCGCAGCAAAGGGAUCAAUUUCAUUACCCAGGUGGGCAUCAUGCUAAAGCUACCCCAACUCACGCUCGCAACUGCCGCCGUCUAUCUACACCGAUUCUUCAUGCGGUACAGCAUGGUCGACCUGCCCCAGCGACCCGGCAUGCACCCGUACCCAGUCGCCGCGACAUCGCUGUUCCUUGCAACCAAAGUGGAGGAGAAUGUUCGACGAAUGAAGGAGCUGGUGGUGGCAUGUUGUCGCGUGGCGCAGAAGCAGCCCAAUCUGCUAGUCGACGAGCAAACACCGGAUUUCUGGAAAUGGCGCGACACCAUCCUCCACCACGAGGGUCUACUCCUAGAGGCUCUCUGCUUCGAUCUGCAGCUUGAGCAGCCCUAUCGCAUCCUCUACGACUUCACCUGCUUUUUCCGCGUCAACGAGAACAAGCCCCUCCGGAACGCUGCCUGGGCCUUCGUCAAUGACUCCAUGUUCACCGUCCUGUGUCUUCAAUUCCCGGCCCGCAUAAUCGCCGCCGCCGCCCUCUACGCUGCCGCGCGCCAUUGUGAUGUCGCUUUCCCAGACGACAGCCUCGGUCGCCCCUGGUGGGACCAGAUCGACGUCGACUUGACCCAGGUCCGACGCGCGUGUACUCGGAUGGCCCAGCUUUACGAGUACAAUGCCAUGCAAAGGCACAGCCAGUACUUCCCGACCACCCCCGUCAUGUCCGACGAGGCCACUGAAAAGACCAGGAUCCCGUAUGCGGGCAGCCCGGCUGGGACGACCCCACGUGGCGAUGCGGACAGUGUCAACGGGAGGAAGCGGUCGAGGGAACCGGAAGACGAGGCACGAGCACGCUCUGCUUCGCAGUCCCUGGCUCCUCCAGCGUUGCAGAACGGUGGACGCUCCCCCAAGAAACAGCGCGUCGGUUCAGAUGCCGGGGAGAACCUCACUGCGUCUUUCAGCUCUCCUCAAGGCUACCAUCCCCAUCGGCCUCACCAUAACCACCAUCAUCCUCCGCCGUACUCCCACGACCGACAGCACACAAAUGGGCAUCAUCAGCCUGCGCCACAUCACCACCCACCUCCCCCUCCGCACUCUCAUCACCGUUACCCACAACCUCCGUACCCACCAUCCCACCGGCCCUACCCGCGUCGAGACAGCGACACCCGUCCUCCCCCCGCCAGUGGCAACCCCAGUGCACCCGUCGACCCAAUCCAGCAACGCAUCGAUGAGAUUGUACAACAAAACUUGCCGCCCACCCACGGAAGCCCACCCCAAGACCGCACCCGAUCGGAACGGCGAUACUCGUCCGAACGAUAUCGAGACCACGAGGACUCUGACCGCCGGCGUCGCUUCUCAAACGUCUCGACCACAAGCCGCGGAUCUGCCGGCGAACAGCAACAUGCUCCCCCGCCCCCGCCUCCAGGCCCGCCAUCCCAGCCUGAUCCCCCACCUAACCCUCCAGACAACGACGACGAAGGUGGUGGGAGCGAGGAGGGCGAGUUAUAA